AGAAAGAGAGAGAAAAGAAACCCUAGAAUUUGAGAGAGAGAGAGAGAGAGAGAGAGAGAAGAGCAGCGAAGAUGAAGUUCAACCCAAGAGUAUCGAGCAGUCGCCGCAAGAGCCGCAAGGCGCACUUCACGGCCCCGUCCAGCGUGCGGCGCGUGAUCAUGAGCGCACCCGUCUCCACCGACCUCCGCGCCAAGUACAACGUGCGCUCCAUGCCGGUCCGCAAGGAAGACGAGGUUCAGGUUGUUCGUGGCACCUACAAGGGCCGUGAGGGCAAGGUCACACAGGUCUACCGCCGCAAAUGGGUGAUCCACAUUGAGCGCAUCACUCGAGAGAAGGUUAACGGCUCCACCGUCAACGUCGGAAUCCACCCUUCCAAGGUUGUUAUCACCAAGCUUCGCCUCGACAAGGACCGCAAGUCUCUCCUUGACCGUAAGUUUUUGGGAACGACAUGGUUGCUGUUGUAUUUGCAAUGUGGGAUUGCCAUAAUCGGUGCUGAAAUUUUGUAUUCUGACAUGCACUGUUUACUUCCAAAUUUGUUUGUUAAUGAUGGUUCCCUUUGUCAGACUAUGGGUUAG